AAUUUACAUUUAUUCGGAUUACUACAAUAUAUUUUCGGCCUCCUAUUCAAAAUUUUUGUGAUAAAAAUAAUUCAGCAAGUAUGUCGAAAAUGCAUCUCAAGAGAGGAAAACCAACCCAUAGAAGUGUCCUCGUAUGGACAUCAUCGACAGGAUUACCCAAAUGGAAACAGUCACCGAUUGAUUUGAGUAGAUCAGCCACGUGGCCCAAAAAGUUUCCACCUUUGUAUCUGUCAAACUACUGGUCAGGCGAAGGUAAAGCGACGAUGACGAAUACAGGCAGAACAGUUCAAAUAGAAUUGUCGGAUAGGCAACUACCUUGGAUGCGAGGUGGUCCUCUCGGCAAAGACGAAUAUCAAUUUAUGAACGUGCAAUUCCGCUGGGGUCCUGAUAACUCGUUAGGAGCGGAACACUCCAUAGACGGCAUCUGGUUAAACGUCAUUCUAAUAAUGGAUCAAUUCAGGAGUCUUUACGACGGUAGAUGGAAAAAUAUAUUAGGUAACUGUAGACCGCAGCAACGGCUUCAAAGAAGAAGAAUUUUAUUCGCUACAGACGAUGCAGUAGCAUGA